AUGCCUCACAAACCAGACUUGGGCACGUUGCCCAUCAGCAAGUUGACCCACAAGGAUAUUGACAACUACCAGGCCACAAUCUUCUGCAUCGCCCUUCGUUUGGACCAUUAUGACAAGGGCAACACCCCAGAUAUUCUCCACGUUACUGACUUCUCGCGAAACUCAAGGCUUCGAAACUUCCAAAAGCCCAUCACCAUUUCCGAGUACAACAUCGACGACGACCAGACCCUCAAUGUCAGUGCGUUCCGCAACAAGUUGACGCCAGUGCUUGUGGAGUACGAUCAAAUGUCCCGCAAUCGCUUCAACCAGAUCAGAUACGACGAGAACGCCAGAGGAUGUAAAAAGAUGCUUUUGAACAACCUCGUGAUCUUGAAGCUCAACGUGGACUUCAGGCUCUACAACAACCAGCUCCAGGGCCGGUGCAACACCAUAGCCAUCGUCGACAAGAAUAACGACGACUGUGAACGGUUGAGAGAAUUCUACGCCAGGAUGGUGCAACACCUUCCCCGGGAAUUCUUCGACGACCUUGGAAACCUUCCCUCUAAGCUCAUUCCAGCCGAGUUCUUGAACCAAUUGAAGCGCCAAACCGAAAUGCCCGUGGUCAGAGACACUCAGCAUUAUCGUGCUGAGGCUAUCAACAACACAAUCGAUACCCAGAACUACCGCACCGUCCAGUCGCCAGCCAGCUCCCAGAGAGCGCCAAUCAACGAUUUCUCCCAGCCUGUCGACUCAGGCGAAAGCUCGCAAGAGUUUUACUCGCAAGCCACAGCUCUCCAUAAACCUUCCCAGGUUUCCACCUCGUACUCGUCGUCCAACUCUUCCAACAAUAGAGACACACUCGCUGCACAGGUAAAGCGUGAGACGAACAACACAGUGAUCACCGAUCUGGAGUUCCCAGAAGACUACGUGCCCGAUGAGGUUCACAGCCCUACACCUCGUCAACCAGUGCAAUCUGAUCUGCGUACAAAUUCUAUCUUUGGAAAACUCAACAGAGACGGCAAAAAUAUUGGUGAAAACGUAGUCAUCAGAACUCCAGCCUACGUGGUCGGAAGCAUACCCGUGGAUUGGACGCAUAUCUGUACAAAGUCAUAUCGGUCAGAUUUAAAAUUGACUGAUCCAAAAUACCAACGACUAGAAUUGAUUCUAUCCGACAUCCCACCCAACCGCCAUCAGGAAGUCUCCCUCACUGCUGAGAACUCAUUGGUGAUCACAUUUGCAGAAGAGGACUUGAGUUCCUUUUUCCACAACGCCCCAAUUGAAAAGAUUUACAUCAGUCUUGCCAAAUUGGGGACUGCUUUCUGGAAGAAUCGAGGCGAGCGCUUCAAUUUCGAGAUCCACAAGAAACUGAUAGAGAUCAAUGAGGACGAUGCAACGGCAAGUGUCUGGACUGCCAGAAACUUCGGUGUAAGUGACUUGAUUAAGGGGUUAGACGAGAUGUUUUGA